ACUGCACAGCACUGAAUUGGCUGGACUGCUGGAAGGCACUCCAGCCAGAAUUUUUUUUUUUUAAUCCAGUAAAACCAACAAAAGAUGAAAAUAAUUGUUGCCACACCCAGGAAUUAGUGGUAUAAGCUUGAAUUUCCCCCACGCUACUCCUCUGAAAGCUAGAAACAAAUAAUAGCUCUCAGUCAACAGCCCGUCAACUGAAAGAGCAUAUUAAUGGAAACCAAAGCUGUAGCACAGCUUCAAAAGAGUUAAUACCAAAAGCUUCUGCUCAAACACCCAAAUUCAUCUUGACCGGCAUACAGCUCACUCACACAGCAUCAGCAUGGCUUGGAGCUGUAACACGAAGGUUCACCUGGGAGGAAUAUUUCUCUCAUUCUUUGGAUGGGUCUCAUCCUGCGUUGUGACUUUUGUGCCACUCUGGAAGAAUCUCAACCUGGACUUGAAUGAAAUGGAGAUCUGGACCAUGGGGCUUUGGCAAGUCUGCGUAAUGCAAGAGGAAGGCACUAUGGAGUGUAAAAGCUAUGAGUCUUUCUUGGCUCUGCCAUUGGACCUCAGGGUGUCCAGGAUUUUGAUGUUCCUCUCUAAUGGAUCGGGACUUCUUGGAUUCUUGAUCUCCAGUUGUGGGCUGGACUGUUGCAAGGCCUGGGAAGAAAAAACAGCUCUAAAGAAACAACUAACGCUUUGUGGAGGAGUGAUUUUUGGCAUCUCAGGAAUUAUGACCCUCAUUCCAGUUUCCUGGCUUGCCUAUAACACUGUAAAUGAAUUCUGGGAUGAAACUGUCCCAGAAAUUGUACCUAGAUGGGAAUUCGGGGAAGCAAUGUUCCUGGGCUGGUUUGCUGGAUUUUUCCUUGUAGUAGGCGGGCUGCUCAUCAUCUGCUCAGCCUGUUUGAAAGGGACAGAAAUGACAACGAUGCCUUUAGCAGCUUGCCGUGAACCAACACAGGUGCAAGGUCCAUUAGCAAUGCGACACUGGAGCCAACAUUCACAUCCCAAAAACGCCGACCUGGUAAUCUAA